GAUUUAGCUGAUGUGCUGUUGUUUCAUCUGAGUAUCACAGGUCCUUCAGCCCUCCUCUCAUGCAUCCUAUGUAGAGCAGAAUGGGGAACGAAACAAGCUCUACCCCACCUACACCGAGCGAGACCCCAACAUCGGAGCAACUCUCCGUGUUAUCGGUGAGCUCCAGAAGAAAGUCGUCGGUGGGGUCAAAUUUACAACAGACCCCCGAGGACCCCCCUGAGCCCGAUCUGAGCAAUCUCACGGAAGAGGAGAUCGCCCAGAUAAACUCUGUGAUAUUACGGGCGAAAGAAAUGCAAGAAGAGGAAGAGGAGCGUGUCAGGAGAUUGGAAGAGGAUUACGCAUCUUAUGCUCAAAGUGUAGUUCAGAAAAGAUCCGAGGCCGAGCAUGAAUCGAAAGGCAGAAACUUGUGUCCUAUUUGCAAUAAGGUGGAACUGUUGUUAAGGGAAGACGGGACUCGGGAUGGCCAGAACGCCUGCGUGGACUGCGAACGUGUUGUUUGCGAUGAAUGUGGAUUGUACGAGACUUCUUUAGCAACUAAGCUCCAGGAAUGGGUCUGUCACAUCUGUCAGCGGAGGAGGCGCUUAGUUUUAAGCACAGGUCUAUGGUACCAUGGCUUCCACCCGGGUCAGGAGAGAGGACCGGUAAUCCGGGGGCUGGAUCCCUCUGUAGAAGGGGCGUCGGCAGACGACGGCGAACGCCCAAUUCUCGCGAGAUCCACGUCGGUGAACGGUUACAAGGAUGUGGGUGACGAGAAGCGGCCGAAGAUCACAAGACAGGUUUCUCUACCGGCAGACAUGGCUUGUGGCGGCGAAAAGAUGGCAGUGCCCGCAAAAGAUCCCACUUACAGUACGCCGGGCGAUGUGGCAGAGGAGUCAAAAAGUAGCCAAGGGCAUUCAAGACUAAAAGGCGUGCUCCUGUCAAUGGUGGGACCAUGCGGUGUGGGGCAGAGUACGAAGAGCGACUCCGAAGACAUGUCAGAUUUUGCGUCAGACGUGGACAUGGAAGAUUUGACAGCCCAAAGAGUUCGAGGAGACGGUUCCAGUCAGGAAGAUGUCAGUGACGAGUACUCUCUCAUGAGCAUAGUCAGCACUACCACUGACGACACUGAAGAUUAUUUCCGCAUUUCUAGGCGUCCCAGGCCGAGAUCUCUCAACCUCUCCAGAUCUCACAGUGCUACCUCGUCCGACGACGACACGGAAUACACGGAAUACUCAGGGGCUAAACUAUCGGAUGAGGAAGCCGACCUGAACUUUGAAGCAGAAGCGGCUCCGGACCAUGAAGAAUUCCGCCGUGCUCUCGAAGGCUUGUCGGCCAUGGCAGAGGAACACGACGAUUUGGAUGAUUUCCCCCCUUCUAUGCAUGUUUCCAUUCCUAGAACUCAUUCUUUAUCCAUGGCCAGAGCAGAAAACGGUCAGUUUGAAGCUCGCCAGGUCUACAGUCCUAGCCCCCCACGGAGUCCUAGUUGGAGGGAGGGACUAGAAAGCCCACCUUUUUCUCCUCGCCGAAAGGACUCUUACCCGGGCAAAAGGCGAUCAAUAUCAUCGCCUGUGUCCCCGAAAGAUAAACGCCAUUUCUUUACCUAUACAGACAUGUCUCCCCCAUCAAGGCAGAUUUCUUUGGAUGAGUUGUAUGGGGAAGAUCAUGGCAUUGGGGAGCCAAAUAGAAUACAUGGUGCUAUGAACACGGCACAGAGACCUGCUCCGCUAUCGCCUGAAGAGGUCCGAGAAUCGUUCACAUCAAACUCAGGAGAACAGCUUCAACUGGAUAUACCUAUCAAAACUAAAAAGAACGGUGAUUCUGACGUCAGUGUGAAGAGUCGUAAAUAUAAGGAUCACGAUUCUAUAGGUGUUGUAGACCUGGCUAGUUUUGCUGCGACGGUAGCAUCAAACACAGCCAGUUUGACGUCUAUGAGUGUUAGCCCUACAAACCUGAGGGUUGUGGAGGACUUGCACCACACAGAUCAAUUGUCACCGGAUUCCCAGGCCAGCACGGACAGCACGUCUCCUGGGUCCCCUGGCUACAGUGACGACCACUCUUACUCUGAGGAAGUUGAUGACAUUGAGCUGGCAGAUCCAUCAACGAAACCAAUUGACUAUCAAAAUACAAAGCGCCAAAAACAAAGGCCCCCGUCGACAUCUGCCGAUUGGUCUCCAGUCGUGGACUUGUCUCCCAUACUAGAUGUGUCACCCUCAGUAGAAGAAGCGGAACAGGAAGACAUGUUAGCUCAACAGGAGGCACUGCGCAUGCGCAUGUCUCGUGUUGGUGAGGAUGAGGAAAGUGAUGAAAGGGUUGAAAAAGUAGAAUUUAUAGAUGGCGACGAUGACCACGAUUAUCAAGAAUUGAAUCUUGUGCGUGGUGGAACUGAUGGUAAUGGAGACGAUGAUGAAUUUAUGAUUACUCCUUUGAAAAGGUAUCACAACAUAGAGGACAUAAGCCAAAUAGACAACGGUAACCUGUACGAAAAAGCCGAGGCGUUUGGUAGUGAGUGUGGAUUCGAUGAGGACAGACAUCACCUUCCAGUUUUAUACGAGCUUCCAGAACUUUGCGCCACGUCAAAUUUCGAUACGUCUUCGCAACCAACUGUCACAUAUAGCUCGGUGCAAAAAGUUUCUUCUGGCGAAGAUGGAGUGAAAGUGGAACGCGUCGCUGAGAGGGGGAUAGAGAUGAUAACGUAUCGCCGAAGUGGAGAGAUGGAAACUAUACCAGAAAUAAAUGGUAAUGUUACUGGCUGGGCUGAUGAUGGCUGCCAGGCCGGUGCAGCUGCCUCACCUAUUCCUGCACCAUCUGUGUCUUCUCCAUCAGCUAGCAACCCCAGGGCAUCCACAUCCUCACCUUCAAUGCAAUCAACACCUUCACCUCCACCUGGCCGCGUGCGGCGAAAACUGCCAAAACCAACGCCAGAGAUUGUAGCGACUCAGAAAAAACCCUCACCUUUGAAACCCGCCACGUUAACAGCUUGGCUGUCCUCAUCGUUAGCUAGAACGUCCGCGGGAGAAUCUGUGACAGAAGAGCCUGAAAAGCUUCCCACUGACAACGGUGACUCGGUGGAAGUAAAAGCCAGUCUAGUUGAGCCAACCAAAGUAUCAAGUCGUGUGGAGAUGUUUGAAAAGCUCGGAAGCAGUCAGGACGAGGAUAAAGAGUUUGUAGAGAAACCAGAGGUGGCACCCAAGAAACAUGCUUUAGUUAAACAGGACUCAACGGAAAGGAAACGAGCGAAAGACUUAAAAGCAAAACCGAAUCCCCUAGUAAUUAAACACAUAGAGUCAGAGGAGCAGACAAUGUCACCUCAGUACAAAGUUAUGGAAUCCCCUGUCACACCUGAGGGCAAAUCGGUUCGCAGAGAUUAUUCAGAAAGUAGUUCCCUUACACCAACGUCAUCUCCAGAACAUGAUGUGCAUAUAUACCCAUCACCAGUUACGCCCCUUGAUUCAGACUCGUCUCCCCCGGAGCCUCAAUCGCCCUCUUCAAUUAGCCAAGCGGCCGAUAAGGAAAAAUUUUCGUUUCCUGUAACACAGGAGAUUCAUGUAAAGGAGCCUGUGCCAAUGGUGGAUAAACCAUUAGCUCCAGUUGUUCAUCCUCGCCCUGUGAAGGCCGAGAAAACCAAGGCUGCGGCCCAAGUACCUAAACCGAAGCCGGUAAAGGCCGCUAAACCCAAACCCCCACCAGUUAAAGAGAAACCAAAGCGCAUACGAAGACGUCUCCCGUCCGUUCCUUCAGCCGAAAGUUCGGAUGAAUCAGUCAUCACGUCUACUGGACAAGCAGAUGAUGAGGAGAGGGCUCAGAAGACACAAGAUCGUCCAGACAAAGCUGUGACUUUAAAGUCAGAAAAGCAGAGCUCAUCCAAAACACAUAUAUCUGAAACCUUACCAAAAGCCGGUGCUAAGACAUCGGGAUCACACAAAGACACCAUAGCUGAAAUUCACGUUCCGGGCCAGAAAUCUGCUGUGACUGGCACUGGUGUAGUCAGAACCAGAAAGACGCCCGGUACACCGGACUCUAGUGGUCGGGGAGAGAAAGCGGCCAAACAAACGGACUCAUCUUCUCAAAAGACCGUUCCAAAAUAUGAACCAAAGAGCAGUGGACUUAAAGCUGCUUCUCGGGGCCCCGACAAAAAGUCAUCUUUAGAUGCAAGUACCCGAAGUGUUACACCGACAGGAAAGGGUGGUGCAAAACCUGCAAGAAGUAGCCCUUUGCCUACAAAACGAAAAGUGCAAAUUAUGGGGCCUGGUGCAGCGACAGAUAACAAAGAUGAUACAGAAGUAUCGAAUAAAAUCAAGGAAGCUGCAGACAAAGAAGUGAAAAGAAUAAUCGAGGAAGCAGAGCUAUACUGUCGUAAUAAUGGCGUAGCUGAAGAUUUACAAAAGGAUACCAAGGGAACAUCUGUAAGUAAAGUGGUUGCUGAAUUCGAAGAGAAACAACGACCAAAAGAAACACCUACCCGGCUGAGAAGAUUUCCAGUCGAGAAAGAUGUUGACAUGAUUCUUAGAGAUGAAAUAGGCGAAAGUGAUCUCCUUAUUGAUUCCUUGAAAAGUAUAUAUGGAGUCCCUAUAACAUCUGCAAUGAAAUCUCUGAAACGGAGAAUUAUUGAGGAGCUGAAAUCCGCAACAAUGCGUCGGCGAAAACAAUUAGAAGAACUCGAAGAAAUUAAAGCUUUAGAGUAUCAAAUUGAGCAAUUAAAGCUUGCAAAGCUGGGCGAGGCUAUGUCAAAGCAGAAACCAAUUCCAGCCCCACGAGGAGGCCGGAGGACUCUUGCGCCGUCGGAGCCCAGAUCUGGACAAAGGUCGAUGUCACCAUCGAGGACCUCUCCACAAGUGCCACAGCGACGAUCGCGACACAGACGUCAAGCCUCAGAUCCUUCUAUUGUCAAGUUUUCCCCAAUAAAAGAAGACAAAGACAUUGAAGCAGCGUUUCAGGCUAAGCUUGAGGAGCCUGUGCCAGAGAAACGUUUGGAAAGAUACCCUACGGAUGACAGCUCUCAGUCCGGUCAAAGUGACGCAGAAAGCACUCGAUCAGAGCCGUUAAAUUCUAGAUACAAAAAAGUCAAACCGUCUGCUUAUGCUAAAAUGUUUUAUAGUGGGAAAUCAAUGUCAGUAGAUCGGCUUCAGCCGGAUUACUGUACAUAUUCUGGUUCCGAUAGGCUGUCUUUACUCGAGAGUGUGUCCGAUCCUCAUUUAGCCGACGGAAGAUCCGCAUAUCUUAAAUCUAACUUUCCAGAUGACGACGAUCCUUACGAUCGAGAAGAACGGAAGUAUAUUCUACAAAUGGAAAUAAAUAAAAGAAAGAGACAAUUAGAAGAAACAGCCAGACUGCAGCAUGAGUUAAUGCGCUUGUCCAGAGACCCGGACACUUUGUACCAUAGUUACGAUGACAUACCUAUCCAAUACAGAUCUCGUGCCCCGAAUCGUCCCAUACCGACGGGAAUCAUUAAACCGCUGGACGACGAAACGCCUCGGCCGGAAGUACAUACACCGGAAGACUACCGGUUGUAUCAAGAACUCUUGGCUGGUCGCAGGCCGGUAGAUGUGUACACCACGGCUCAAGCCAACUACAGUUCUACGGAAUAUCUUGCUCACAAACAAGAGGAGUUUAGGCGACAGACUUAUGACGAUUACACCCAAUACGAUGAUAUCUAUGCGGACGAUGUCAAAUUUAGAGAGCAGAGAACGAGAGACUGGGUUCCUCGCCAUGACAGACUUGAUGCCUUGGCGUACCCCUCGGGGACUGCCGGUCGUGAGGGUGUCAUGUCAAGCAGUACCACUCUCCCGGAUAUUUACUCUCACCGGUCGGACGUUGAUUUUGUACCAACGCGAGAAGCAUAUGUGAUAUACCAUUCGGAUACUGACACCAAUAGUCCCGCCAGUGAUUUUACGCCGGCAAUGCCCUUGCUGGACGAUGUGACGACAAGAUCCAGGAAAAUCAUUCACAGUAUUGGAAGCAGACCUAAUUCGGCUGAGUUUAACUUCCCUGGUGGAGUUGAAGAUCUUCUCAAUGCAAUUCAUCGAGUCGAAAGUGAUAACAGCGUAGAUGCGGAUGAACCAAUUAUGAAGCACAUGACAGAAGGAGGCGUCACAAUAUUAAAACAACUUGAACGUAAAAAGCAGCCUCCCCCUGCAGAGCCCCGGAAGUACACCUUUCCCACGAAGCGUAUCCUCUUGACCAGAGACCCCAGGGAACGGUCCAUCCGGGUAGGUAACGGUAUCGGGAUGAAGAUCGUUGGUGGCAAGAGGUAUCCAGGGACUCACGACCUGGUCGCUUAUGUCCAAGCCAUCUAUCCCGGAGGAGUGGCCGAGCAGCUUCAUGGUGAAUUACAGGAAGGGGACCAGAUUGUGGAGUGGAAUGGGGUUCCAUUGACUGGACGAACUUACGAGGACGUACAGCAUAUCAUUUCUAUACCAAAUGGCGAGAUUGAAUUAUUGAUUCGGCCGGGAACACGCCUAUCCACCAAACUCGCCACCGACUGUUGCCGCAAAUCAUCAUCCGCGCCCGGAAGUUGUCACUCCUCUUACGACAACCUCGAUGACGUAAGAGACCUGGACGAUUUCGACCGGUGUUAUGAAGAAUCCCGGGGCAUUGACCCCGACCAACUAGCCGCCCAGUUGGAGGGGAUUCAAGAGGCGGUCUCUCCUGUGGCCUCGCCCACGUCGUCACAACCAGACUACACCACGCCCAGUAUGUCAUCGCCCUGCAGCACCCCUCGCUCGGAACCCGUCUCCACGACAUCAGAGCGAAACAGACUCGCCUCCGAAAGGGCACCUGUUCUCGAAAGUACAACAGAGAUGGGAGAUAUUCAGCUGCAACUUAGUUACGAUGAUUAUGACAACACACUCAACAUCCAUAUCAUCCAAGCUCGUAAUUUGUUGCCAAAAGAUAUGAACGGCCUAUCUGAUCCUUUUGUCAAAGUUUACCUUUUACCGGGAAGGAAUGCUGAGAACAAACGGAGAACAAAGCAUAUCCCCCGCAGUCUGAAUCCGGAAUGGCAUCAGACGAUUAUGUUCCAAGACGUGCCCAGGGAUGAAAUCCGCCGAAGGGUAUUGGAGUUUACUGUCUGGGACUACGACCGUUUCAAAGCAAAUGACUUUCUGGGAGAGGUGGUCAUAGACUUAUCAGACGAUGGAUAUCUGGAUAAUAAGCCACACUGGUAUCCUUUAAGUGAUCAUGACGAGAAUACGAGUGCCGAGUUACCGAAACCUACCGUUCUUCCACCAUCCCACGAACACUCAACAACUCCCAAGGGAAAACCAUCCGUAAACACCGGAAAGAGCAGAGCCGAGAAAUCUCAAAAAGAGCCUGUUGCCUCUGAAGAGAUGUUCAGCCAAGGGCUGGGGAGACGGAAAUCUUUGGGAAAUCUUCUGGAAGUGGACAGGCAUCAUGCCACAGAUUUUUCGUCCGCGAGGUCAUCGCCAAUUCCAACUUACGGCAAAGAAGAGGAGGCACAGGCUAAUGAACAUUAUUAAGGCUAAAAGCACCGAUUCCUGAGGUACCAUACACAUUACCGAUGAGAUUCUUACUUACAGCAUGGAGGGACUUUGUGAACCACCAACAGAAAGAAACAGCAUGUCGUUAGUCGCUGCUGUUCAUAUAAGCAGUCGGUGCCCUUUAAAUGAUGGGACUGGAUGGCAGGUUGAAACUGCACGUCUGUACAAGUAUUAGUUCUGCUACACUCUUGAGUGUUAGGGAACCAAUGAUUUCAUAAGAAUACCCCUGUUUUGCUUGUUACCUGCUGGCCCAUGUAAACAAUGCUAAUUAAACCAGGAAUAAGUAUGACAUAGCAUAUCUAUGAUUCUCCAGAUGCUGAGAUUGCUACUGUCGCGAGUCUCGCCACGAGAGAUGAGGGCGUUACUGUGAACAGAGUUGUGUGUUUUUUCAAAAGUAACAAUCCAUUACAAUCGACCAUGCACACCAUCAAAUCAAUCCUUCUACAAGACAUCCCCUCCACUUUCGAGUAAAAACCAUGAACUCAAAAAUAAUACUUUAUCUGCUGAACAGGCAAAAGAAUCACUAAUUCGGCAAAUAUCCACGGCUUAUGCAGGAACAGGUUGGUCCUUAAGUGUGAAUUGGAAUGUGAAAUGUGACACGCAUGGUGUUCAAUGAACUAGCGGACGGGCAGUGGAACUUGGUCUGGAUGAAGUAGUGCAAAGAUGCAAUGCAAUUGGUUAUGGUAGACGAUCGAUGACGAUGAAGAAUAUCAACAGCUCAUCAGGGUGCCGGAUCAUCAUUUGUAGACAAACUCGCACAUAUACGCACAUGCAAUUGGAUCUCCGAAUGUUACAUUUCAGCAUAUAUGUGUAUAAAGUAUACAAAUGCGUAUAAAAAAUGCAUUAUGCGAAGGCAAUUAAAAUAGGCUAUCGGCUUUUUUUGACGAGAGGAUGGAAGAACUAUUGUUCCAAUUGGAAAAAUAGAUAUUAGUUAUAGUUUUUCAGAAUUAUGUGUGAUUUGAAGCUUUAGCGUGUAAUAUAUGAUAUGCUUUUAUUGGUGCCCUCAUUUCGCAACACAUACAUACAUAUUGUACCAAAAGCGACAUUAUGUAAAAAUUCAUUGCUCACGUUACCAUUAUAUAUGGCUUCGCGGAGUGACAUUUUCUUAUUUAAAAGCGUGCUAGUCCAAACUGACAUUCGCGAUUGCCUGGCGACACUGUUUUGAUGUUGUAUAUUUGAGAUACUUGAAUGAGAUUUAGCAUGUGUGAUGUUUCGUCAUUAUAGUUACUGUGUUAACUCUUUUACGAACGGAUAUACGAGUAAAUUUUCUCAUCUCAAAUAAGAUUUAUAGAUUUCAUCGCUUGUGUCAUUGUGUAAAGGUUGUUCUAUAUGGUUGGUUGUCACAAGCAGUAUUGUGAAAUUGAUAGUGCGUGCUAGAUGACGUGUUUUACAAAUGCUCAAAAAUAGUAAG